AUGGCGCAGUCAUCGGCGGCGGCGACGGCGACGGCCAGCCAUCACAAGCGGAAACGGGCUCGUCAUCAGAGCUCUGGGCGGGCGGGCGGUAGCACGAUGAGGUCCACUGUUAACGAUAAGCCUACAGUGGAGAUGCGAGAGGCUGUAAAUCGAGAUGGGGAGAUGGGUCGGAUACUGUUGGAGCGCGGUUACCUCGGCGCCAAAUUGUACACUGGUCCUGACUUAACUACUGGUCUCUUGCCUGGUCAGCAUGACCAGAUAUUGGCUGAAAUGAAGUGGGUGCAUGCGGAUGUGGUAGGGUUGAGGGAUCUCAAGCAAGCCCAAUGUCGGCGAAUAGCAUCAGCAGUGAAGGAGUAUUGGCGGUUACGGACGCACCAACAGGAGCGGGGUGGAGGUAAACAUGUGAGGUUGGAUAAGAUGCCAAACGGCACUGCUACAUCGCAGCGGCAUCAACUACAGGCAACAGGGGCACUCACUGAAGACCCUAUAGAAGACGAUGGUGAUGAUGGUGACACUACGAUGAUGGACCAUGGAGGUGAUGGUGUAUCUUCCGAUGAAGGAUCUCAGUACUCCAAUGCCGCCGAGGCGAGGGCUUCUAUCGACCCAUUGCGUGAUAUCAUAGACCGGCUUAAUGAUGCAUCAGCGGUGUGGAUGUCUGACAAAGGUCCUCCGAUACAGUCGACUUGGGCGACCAGUAGUAGCACUAGUAGCAGCACGGCUACACCUCGGCCACCCACCUUGGUUGGUGAUGCUGACGAUGAUGACGCUGUUGUUUGUAGUACAGUGUUCGUGCCGGGAGUAGUGGACUUCCCGGACCCUGGUGCGGAGCCUAGGCUGCGGAUGAACGAGCUGUUGAGUAAUCAACGUACACUUAUGCAUGAGAUGCAGUUUUCGGAGGCAGCUCGAGCACGGUUACCAGCACUCUUCACGGCGAUGGUCAGAGAGAUGUCCACCCACCCUAUUGGGGAUCAGGAGUCGGUGGUAAAGACUCCAUGUAGCACUUCCUCAGUAGUAGUUGCCAAGGCGAAGGCUACACCACGGUCUAGAAAGGCGGCGACACCUGCAGCAGCAGCAGUAGCUCCGCAGCAGCAGCAGCCACAACUACAACUACAACUACAAGGUAUUGGUAUGCUCGCCCAGGUUUGGGAGGAGAAGGAGAGUCUUUUACUAUUGGCAGCUUCGGCACGCUCCUUGCCACGAUGCUUCGACCACAAAAGCUCAUCUACUCACUUCAUAGCGGAACGACGGAGAGAGGUCCUUCGUAGCAGUGUCGCUGCCAAUCUACAGGAGGACUCGUUGGACUUGGCCAGUGGGCUGACCCAUGGCGUUAGCUGGCGGACGGUUGAGAUCGGUAUUCGGUGUGCCAUGGAAGGCAUCGCUGGUCACGACAAACUACGCUCUAGUGGUGCCUGUCUAAGACGUGCUAAUGAGAUGCUUACGGAACGGCCUAUGAUUCCCCCUGCCGGUACGAGAUGGCGUGGUUCUAUGGAAGGUAUGGCAGGGGAAAAGCAGAGGCAGGUUGGCACACCAUUAGAUGUUCGCAUAGUUCGGGACCACUCGGCCGCCCAGCUCAGUGAUACCACUCCAACUGCAGUUGAGCAAGCUUUGACGGACGUGGACGAUCGAACACUGGAGAAGUCUUUGCAUGGUCAGGAGGAUGCCUUGGAGUUGUUCCACUAUCGUAGGGGGCUCACUACCCCUACGUUUGCUGCGUUCUAUCCGACCAAAUCGGUACCCUCUGCACUUGUUCGGCGACGGAGGCAAGCUGGUGAAUCGGCAGGGAGAAGUGUCGGUCAAGUACAUUGGAGGCUCCCUAAGGUGCCAUUGAGGAAUGCUCAUGCUAAUGCAUUGCUUGCAUUGCAGCGAUAUGCUGCUGCCUCGACUAAGGGCGCGCCUGUGAAACAGCUGAGCUCGUGUAUUGGGCCAGAAGCUAUGAAGUUGUUGACGUAUGCUGCAAAGAGGAUGAAAGAGCAGAUGCCAGAUAAUGGUAGUGGUAUUCAUGUGGCUCCGACGAAGCAGCCGAUUCCUGAGAAUUAUAGGAGGACGAAGGUGACAAUGUUGCCGAUGGCGACGAGCCGGCCAAGCGGUCCCCACAUGAUUGGUCAGGCGCCAUCGCAUCAGUUUACACCAGUGCAACGGCAGCAGCACCAAGCUGGUGGUUUCGUUAUGGGGAAAGCUACUCCUAGCGGUGCGUAUCAGAGGGUAGCGGCAACAGCUAGUCCGCAGCAGCAGCAACAACAACAACCGCAGCAUCUAGCUCAAUUGCUGCAACUACGUAAUGCUGCUGCUGCAGCAGGGGUCGUGACUCAGGACGGCGGCACUGGACAGCAACAACCUAUGCAGCAGUACAUUAUGCCCAAGCGUGGCCAGAUGCAACCUACGAUUGGCUUACAGAAUCAGCAACAACAGCUGAAGGUGGAUCUAGGCGGAGGCAAGGCGCCAUCCCCGGCUGCACAACGAUUCCCUGGUCAAGGAUUGGGCACAGUAGCUACGGGGGCUAUGCCUAAGAUGCCGCAAGCUACAGUGCAAAACUUGUUACAGUCUAUGCUUGCUCAACAACAAGCUCAACAACAACAAGCAGCUUCCCCAAGCACACAGUCAACCGUGGCGGGUCAGCAAGCUGGCAAUCAAAAUGCUGCUGCUGCAGCUGCUGCUGCACUCGGUAGGGCCAAUCUUGGUAACUUACAUCAGUUGUAUCAGCGGCUACUCACACAGUUCACUCAUGGUGCUACUGGUCCUAUGCGGCGUCCUGGAGGUAUGACACCUACAGGGCCAUCUCCUUCGUCUCCGGGUUCUGCUAGUGCUGCUGCAGCAGCAGGAGGAGUACCCUCUGGUACCACUUCUAUGCCCGCCAUUCAGAAUAUGCUGCAGAAUAUAUUUGCCAAUAAUAGAUCGCAGUACAGUACGGCGGCUACACCGAAGGCUCCUGGUGUACGAGCCCAGCAAGGGCCCUCUACUACUACCACAGCGUCCCUACAGCAACAUCAGCAACAGCAGCGCUCGCCAUACCAGCAGUUCUAUUACGGCAAUGCGGUCAGUGGGGGUACUUCUAUUCUGCCCAAGGCUGUACCAUCUAAGGCAUCUGCGCCACCAGCACCGAGACCGCCGCCUACUACUACUACUGCUGCUGCUCAUGAGAACCCUAAUGCCCCAUCGGGUUCCGGUCUCUGA